UUGCACUUAUACUAUACUAAAAAGCGUGGAGUAGUGGAGAACAACACCUUGCUCGAAGAGACCGGUUGCCACCCUGAUGUGAAGAGUCAGAUUUUCAAGCAAACCCUUAAGCCAGCUCGUCCAGGAGUGCUACGACGCUAAGAUUAGUACGACUCUGCUUCACUGGGGCAGCUCUCACAGCCAAUGCAUGUUGGGGCCACAUCAGGGUCCCGUGUAGAUCCAAGGGGGCUAGCUAGCCGGUUGUGCCACACGCAUGUCCAGAAAACGAGGAUCUAUAACCGGAGUCGAACAUAAUACUCUAUGAAACCUCUGGCUUUUGAACCCUUUGUAGAAUGGGCAGUUCCGGCUAUUGAAUCUUGUACGACAAAGUAAUACUGGUCAGGAGUUCUCCAUGUGACGGACUGUUUCACUUAACAUAUGUCAUCUUGUCUCAGGCGUAGAAACAUGGCUAGAUGGUUCAUUUCUUGCCCAUUUAUAGGACACGAACUGUCUCAGGAAAGCCAUCAAGAUUAUGUGCUAAACCUGACGAGGUGCCAUCCACGUACAGCCUGAGAACAGUCCAGUCAGCUUAGUUCAAAACCCCCACAUACAGCUUGCAACCGGCCACUUUUCUUUACAGCAUAUCUAAAGCGAAUCCCACUGUGGGCUAUGAUGAUAUACUCCUGUUCAAUCUUCCAUGUCUUACAUGGAAGAUCGGGACCCCACAUAGUCAAGCACGCAAUUAAUCAAGUCAGCUACCUGGCAGAAAGCAAAAGGAAGACGGACAAUCAGCUCCAUAGCCCUUCAAGUCACAUCCAACAAGAGGAGACCUCUGGCAUCACCGGCAAAUCUUCGGGACAUUCAUCAAUCAAAGUUCAACCGCGUCCACUUAGCACUAUAAGCAAUCCUACCCCCGGAAGCCCCACGAAUCGUCCCUCCACAACCUCGUCGGUGGCCGACAAUCUUCCCUCUAAGGGGAAAUUCUCUUUAACCGGUUGACCAUUCAUUGAUGCCGAAACUCAC